AUUUAAAAUUAAAAAAAUAAAUAAAUAAAAAAUGAAAAUAGGGAAGUGAAAGCACGCCGCUGGCGCACGACACCAUCCUGUUGCUCUGCGUCUCGCUAAUUUGCGCCCUCGUCGCCCUCUGCGUGCCGGUGGGGCUGCGAUCCCCUUCUCCGUCACCGCUCGACGCCGUGUUCCAGAUCGAAGGCGGCGUGUCCGCAUCGCCGGCGAUCUACGCCUUGAGGAUGUCGAAAGCGCGGGUAUACGCGGACGUCAACGUGCUGCGCCCAAAGGAUUAUUGGGACUAUGAAAAUCUCACUGUUCAGUGGGGCGACCAAGAUGAUUAUGAGGUUGUUCGCAAAGUUGGAAGGGGGAAGUACAGUGAAGUUUUCGAAGGGAUAAAUGUGAACAACAAUGAACGGUGCAUAAUCAAGAUUCUGAAACCUGUCAAGAAGAAGAAGAUAAAGAGAGAAAUUAAAAUACUGCAAAACUUAUGUGGGGGCCCAAACAUUGUCAAACUCUUAGAUAUUGUCAGAGAUCAGCACUCAAAAACUCCAAGCUUGAUAUUUGAAUAUGUGAAUAGUACAGAUUUCAAAGUUCUGUACCCUACAUUAACAGAUUAUGACAUUCGCUACUACAUAUAUGAGCUCCUCAAGGCACUGGAUUACUGUCACUCUCAGGGAAUAAUGCAUAGAGAUGUCAAACCUCAUAAUGUGAUGAUAGACCAUGAGUUGCGAAAGCUUCGCUUGAUUGAUUGGGGUCUUGCCGAAUUUUACCACCCUGGAAAGGAGUAUAAUGUGCGUGUCGCUUCAAGAUACUUCAAGGGUCCUGAGCUUCUUGUUGACUUGCAAGACUAUGACUAUUCCCUGGAUAUGUGGAGCCUUGGUUGCAUGUUUGCAGGAAUGAUCUUUCGCAAGGAGCCUUUCUUUUACGGGCAUGAUAAUCAGGAUCAGUUGGUUAAAAUCGCCAAGGUACUUGGAACUGAUGAGUUGAACGCCUAUUUGCACAAAUACCGCUUGGAUCUUGAUCCACAACUCGAAGCUCUAGUCGGGAGACACAGCAGGAAACCAUGGUCGAAAUUUGUCAAUGCCGACAAUCAGCAUCUUGUGUCACCGGAGGCCAUAGAUUUCCUCGACAAACUCCUGCGCUAUGAUCAUCAAGACAGGCUCACGGCCAGAGAAGCAAUGGCCCAUCCUUAUUUCUCCCAAGUGAGGGCUGCAGAAAAUAGCCGAACACGGACACAAUAGCCUGCCGGCUUUGUCCCAGAGCUAUCCAUUGUUGUUGCAUUCACUGGGCUGGAUUUUUCAAAAUUAUGUGUACUUUGUUAUAAGUAACAAACAUUGUUCUAUGUCAAGACCACUACUACUACUACUGCUAGUUUUCAACCCUUCAGUUUCAACAACUUGCAGUAUAAUAGAUAUGUAAUUUUACCUGCAGCAGAGCCUGUUUAUUUAUGCUCAAUUUGAAUUGAAUCUAGUUUGUCUUUCUAAAUA